CGUUAGCGGUGUGUGGUCUUCGGUUUCUUAUCCCCGGGAUUUGAAUAAAGGGCGUAACAUUGAGUUCCGGUCGUUGUUUUAGCGGUUUCGUUUCAGUCGGUCAUAGAUAUUCACAGCUAAUUUUUAAGGACCGCAAUCAAUCGCGACAACCGCUAUAAAACAUAAUCAAUACUGAAAACUCAACCGGGAACGCCGUUUUGAUCUCUUUGUAGUUUCUUUGCACAAGUCUUUUUAAUUUUCCUUUUCUUUUUUCGUGUUUAGUGUGUGAAUUUGAAUACUCGAAACAAUGGUGGCGAUCGCCGAGAGGGGUGAAAAGAUGGCUGUCCGUAAGGGCUACAUGAAUGUGUGGCAAACUACUCUCAUGGAGGCCGUCAAAGCAGAUUGUUCAUACUGCUUGCUUUCAGCGGUCUGUUCCCAGUGCGUCUCAUUUGACCUGAGGAAACGAGCACUCCACAAUAAACUGUCGAGGUACGUUUGCUGUGCGGGUUACAUGCCUUGCAGCGGUAAGUGUCAGGAAGACAAAUGUCCAACGUUUUGUCUCUGCAUGGAGGUCUUUUGCUGCUUGAGCAACUCAGUUGCGUCGACUCGCUUCCUUCUUCAAGACGAGUACAAUAUACAGACCACGGAAUGCGACAACUGCCUCAUUGCGUUUAUGAUCAUUCUUGGACAAGUUGCAUGCAUAUGUCGUCUGCUAGCAUGUCUCACUGGAAAUGAUGAACUUCAGGAAAUCGCUGAGAUAUUGACCUGUAUUUCGGACCUAGUCUAUUGCACGGUCUGCGCUUGUAUGCAGACUCAACACAAGGUUGAACUGGACCACAGACACCGCAUGCCAGGCAGCGGUGUGAUGACGGUUCCUGCAGUGCAGGAGAUGUCACGGUUUGACCAGCCGGUGCCUCCGAAUGUAACACAACCACCUCAGGGACAAUAUCCUCCCACACAAUAUCCACCUGGACAAUAUCCACCUCAACAAGGACAGUGGCAGCAGCAGCAGCCGCCUUAUGGCUAUGCAUAUCCACCGGGACCACCACCACCAUAUAUGCAAGGAUACCAUCCCAAUGCAAUGCCUCCUCCGGGUUACUAUCCUCCCAACGUCCCACCACAACCUCAGCAUUUCCCUUCCGGUGAACACCCCAACAAUCCUCCUGCACCGCCUGCACCAAAAGAUUCUGCGUAGACAUUCAUACAAGGUCAAGCACUAGUAGCCACCGCGAUGGUCCUAGUUUGGAUCGAUUUAUUUUCUAAUAUUUUACUCUAAAUGGUUGUGAUGUAUACUCCAUAUUCGUCUGAAACCUUAACUAAUAACUAUAGCUUUUUU